AUGAAGGUAGCAGUCAUUGGAUCAGGUGCUUCUGGACUUGUUGCCAUGAAAUCGUGUAUCGAUGAAAGCAUUGAACCAGUUUGCUUCGAGCAAGAAGACACUAUCGGUGGACUGUGGAAUUUCACUGAAGAAGAACGACACAGCUCAGUCUAUCGUUCUACAGUCAUCAACACAAGCAAAGAGAUGAUGUGCUUCUCUGAUUUCCCGAUUCCUCACGACUUUGCCCCUUUUAUGCACAAUACAAAGGUUAUGGAAUACUUCCAUCUUUACGCCAAACACUUUGAUUUGUACAAGUACAUUCGAUAUCAAACAAAAGUUAAAGAUAUACGAAGGGCUGGAGACUACGACGACACGGGAAACUGGGAAGUGUGUUAUGUAAGUCUUAUCGGUGCAGAAGCUAAUGUAGUCAAGACGGAAGUAUACAAUGCUGUUAUGGUAUGCAUUGGACACCAUUCCAGUCCACACUGGCCAUCCUUUCGAGGAAUGGAUGAAUUUAAUGGCAUUAAAAUCCACAGUCAUGCUUACAAGGAUUUCAGACGCUUUGAGGACAAAAAAGUUUUGAUCGUAGGUAUUGGUAAUUCUGGUGGUGACAUUGCAGUAGAACUAAGUCGGCAUGCUUCACAAGUGUAUCUCAGUACCAGAAAAGGAUCAUGGGUGCUUUCAAGAUUGCAUGAGAGUGGUGUUCCAAUUGACCAUUGGGCCAGUCRUCGCAUACUUCAACUCUUGCCCAAAUCCUUUGUUGGCGACUUGAUAAAAGCACAGGCAAACAAGAAGUUUGAUCAUAGGUGUUUUGGACUUGAGCCAGACCAUGCUCCUUUACAGCAACAUCCAACAGUUAAUGAUGAUCUUCCUAACAGGAUCAUCAAUGGAACAAUUAUUGUGAAGCCAAAUAUAGCUCACUUCACAAAGUCUGGGGUAGUCUUUGAGGAUAAAACUGCAGUUGAUUUGGAUGCAGUCAUCUUCUGCACAGGUUAUAAUGUUGGAUUUUCCUUUAUUGACAAGUCUAUCAUCCCAGUAGAUGAUAAUGAUGUUACUCUGUACAAGUAUAUUUUUCCACCUCACCUCCCCAAGUGGAGUCUUGCUGUCAUAGGGUGUUUCCAACCCCGUGGGGCCAUCAACCCUUUAGCUGAACUUCAAUGUCGUUGGGCAACUCGUGUCUUCAAAGGAAUCCUAAAGCUACCCAGUGAAGGUAACAUGAUGAAUGACAUCAAGAAGAAGAAAGAAGAAAUGAGAAAGAGAUAUUACACAUCAAGGAGGCAUACUAUUCAGGUUGAUUACAUAUCAUACAGCGAUGAGUUAGCUGAACAGGUGGGAUGUAAGCCUUCUUUCUUGAAUCUGUUGUUAUCAGACCCAGCCCUUGCUUUGCGAUGUUUUGUCGGCCCUUGUACCCCUCCCCAGUACCGUCUAACAGGGCCUGGAGUCUGGCCUGGGGCGAGGGAAGCCAUCAUGAAUGCUGAUAUCAAUGUUAUGCAUUCAACAAAGACUAGAGUAGUUAAACAUGAGAAAGGAGUUAAUUCUUCACUUCCACUGGCAUUUACUGUCAUCGUCUUCCUAGUCAUAAUGAUUGCAAUAUUAUUGAGAAAAUAGAGGUUUUGCACCACUAAGUGACGGCAGCCAUGUUCCCAAGAGCUGGAAAAAUCAGAAACCCCAUGGCCUUUUCUUUGGGGAGUGUGACCUGAUUCGGCAAGUGUCGAAUUUUAGCUACAAAAAAAUAUCGAUGUUUUUUUYGGCUUCUUCGCUUUUUCUCCCUCCGCAAAAGCAAACUUCAAUCAUAGAACGAUGGCUACAGGUUUCUUAUCCACUGGCUGCUAAGACUUAACCUUGUAAAACAAGGACGAUAGACCUCGGCUGGGGCGUAAUGUCCCAUUACAGACCACGUGUUAUUCCUUAGAGUAUCAUUUCUUUGUUUAUCGGUUGCGCUCGGUUGCACAUGAGAAGACACAUGAAUAUGGAUACUACUCCAACAAAGAAUCUAAUUAUCAAGGGAAUGACACGUCUGAAAAAAACAUUACACCAAAGCCGAGGAGUUUAAUUAAGUAGAACGGACGCAGCAGCUUUAGCAAAUCAGUAAAACAUUCAAGGCAAAACUUGUGAAUGAAAACGUGUUUCAUACACUCGAGCAAGUAAAACUUCAAAAGUACCGUAGAAUACUUGCUCGAAUGUAACAUGCUUAAACUAAUAUUAAAUGAGGUGAUAGAACCAUGGAAUAAAAUGUAUAUUUUCGAUAAACGAUAUUUUUGGAAUAACAUUUCAUUUAAAGGCUGUGCGGCUGAACCUUGCAGUUGUUUUAUAGUURUGUUCUGCUAAUGUUCAAGAAMCUUUUCUUCACUAAUAGUACCUUCCAGAUUUAUCUCGUGUUUUAAAAGCGUCUCCAUUGUAUUUGGCGGCAAAGUUUUCUUCGUAAACCAGUAACGUGUUUUGUGUUUUGGGAGUCGUAAUCUCACUGUCAGUAUAUUAGCCUUUUAUUUGUCCUCUUUAAAUAUGUUCGCUUUUUACGUUUGGUUUUCCUUUUGUUUUUUGUUUUUUGUUUUUGUUUGUUUGUUUGUUUGUUUUUUGUUUUGUUUUGUUUUUACCGUAAGUGCGCGCAUAUUCACUUAGAGUGACUGAUUUUGAAAUAAAGUCAUAAAGUCAUUGAAGGAGCUUUGCCAAUUACGAAAUGUGCAAUUGCAAAGACCAACUUCUGCCAAAAAUCAAAACGAACGACCAACGCCUUGUUUAUCACAAUGUCAGGUGGAACAGUGUUGUCGUUAAAGAUGGGGAUUCCAAGAACACCAAAGCGUUCAAGUCAAGUUUCUUUAAAUACCUCAAGCAACUGUAAUUUCAAUAGGACCAGUUUAUGUGAUGUAAUAUGUUGUUAUACUAGAAA